UUGUACAGUAGAUUUUCAAUACAGUCAGAAGCAAUGAGGAAAUGAUUAAUAAGGGACAUGAAAUAUGAAAAUUCUUGUAAGGUGCAGGUUGUUGCUUGAUUAUAACCUCGAGAACGUCUCCUCCUUGUCAAAUUAGCAUAUAAGUAAACACACCCUACUUUAUAUUGAGCCUUUCACAAUAACUUGGAAUCAGAAGAGGACUGGUACAGUCUUGUCAUCCACCAUGAAGACGCUGCUUGUUGUACUUAUGUUGUGUGGCACUGCAGUCACCCAAGCCUUUCAGACCUGCUCCAGUGACAGAUGUAAGAACUCGUGUAAGAAUCGCUGUGGAGACAAGCCAAACAAGUCAUACAGCUGCCAAUGCAAUGCGCACUGCGAAAGCUUUGGAGACUGCUGUGAAGAUUAUUCCAUUUGCUCCUAUAUUGAUCCGGACUUGAAUGAAGUUACUCAUCAUGACAGUUCAGAUACUGAUUCCAAGUUACAUGUGUCUUCUUACAAAGAUAAAUCAGAUACCUCCUGUCAAGGAAGAUGUGGUGAGAGGUUCAACAAGAAACAUCAUUGUCACUGUAACAAUAAAUGUGAAAAAUUUGAAAAUUGUUGCAGCGAUUACAGUAAACUAUGCAGCAGAGGGGCCAGUAAUGACAAUAAAGGAGAUGGCAACAAAGAGAGCAAUUACCACAGAGGAACUGAUAUCAGCAAAGAGGAGAUAAAAGCUGUGUCUGAGAUCUUGUACCAGUCAGACGUGAACAAGGCGGCAGAGUCCGAUAUCGUGCUGAACAAACAGGAAAUGUCCGACAACACCAAACAUAAAGAAGAUUUGUGUGAAGAGCCCUUGUACCAGUACGUGAAUGAAGAGAUAUUUAAAAGGCCAACGUAUAAAGCAUUUAUCGCUCUGCUGGACAACUAUGACAGAAAGACGGGAACAGAUGAAACUUUCACACAAGAGGAAACUAAGGAGCAAGAUAUAUUUUUAGAGGAAAUUCUGAAAACAAAAGUUAUGAAGGAGCUUUAUAAAUUCUUUCACAAAAAAGGAAUGUAUGAAAAAGAGCAGGAGUUUCUUGAUGACCUGAGGAAGAUGUGGUUUGGACUUUAUUCUCGUUCCUCUGGGGAACAAGACUCAAGUGGCUUUGAACAUGUGUUUGUGGGUGAAGUAAAGAAAGGAAUAGUGUCUGGUUUUCACAGCUGGAUCCGCUUCUACCUCUUAGAAAAGAAAGAACUGCUGGAUUAUUACAGUCAUAACUAUGACGGGCCGUGGACAAGCUACCCUGAUGUGUUGGGGAAACAGUUUCAUUGGGACGGUUUCCAUAAAGAAGUUGGCACCCAGUUGAUUGGCUCCAGUCCUGAGUUUGAUUUUGCCCUUUACACCCUGUGCUUCAUCAGUCGUCCUGGUAAAAAAUGCACUGUCAGCAUGGGAGGGCAUGAAAUAUCAAUACAAACUUAUGAAUGGACAAAGACCUCCUAUGGCAAGAACAAGAAGCACAUUGCUACAUGCUAUCCUACAUUUUAGGACAAUCUUACAGAUUCUCCAAUCUUAUGAUCAAGAUUUUACAAAUGGUAUUCUCAUGGUUAACAAUCUUUUUUAUUACACAACAAUGUAGAAAAACAUCUACAUACCUUGAGGAACACUCUUUGUAAAACCUGUACAUUGAUUUACCCCUAGUGGAGAACCAUAGGAUGGAAUGCAUGGCUCAGGGAUAGGGCAAAAAGAGAAGAACUGUACCAGACCCUCAGCACUAGGCCUAAGUCAUUGGAACAGUUUUAUCAGACCUGUUUCUUUAAGAUAAAAGUUGGAAAGAUUAGAAAAUAGAAUAAUAGUUUUUUGAAGUUAUAAAUUGUUAGGUGUAUGGUAAAUUUUAAAGUCUUUGUAAGGAAUUUUAUAAAGCAGAUGCAUGAAAUAAAUCUGUUUUUAUAA